AUGAAGUACAGCACUGAUCCAGAAAAAUUGGCGCAACUAAUCAAGCCCUUUGGAUAUCAGCAAUUAACCGAGAAAGGAUUACGACGUGCCUACAAUCUGGGUAAUCUAAUCAGGGCUCAAUACCCCACGCUUUUAGGGGGGAAAUACAAUGAGAGCCAGGUCUACCUUCGGUCCACUGAUAUCACGCGGACGAAGAUGACCUUGCUGGCUGCCUUGGCAGCUGUCUACCCACCAGCUCAGGAGUGGCAGAAGGGUUUAAAUUGGACUCCUGUUCCGUAUACCACGGUUCCAGAAGAAAUUGAUUUCAAUCGAGCGCUAAAUAGCUGUAAGACCUUUAUGACAGAAGUAAAACAAAUGUACAAAUUAAAUUACCCUGAAAUGAUUAAGUAUAAGAAAAUUUUGGAGUUAGUUAUGACGCACCUACAUUUAGAUAUGAAUCUAGUCGACAAACCUCUGUAUAUUAAUAAGAUUUACAACGUUUUCAUGUCCCAGAUAUCAUUAGGUCUAGACCUCCCCGAAGACCUGAAAGAGAACCUAACAGAGAUAAAAAAAGCCGCUGAUGCCGCUUUCGCCGUUCUAUACCGGGACAAUAAGAGGGGUUCUAUAUUGCCGUAUGAAUCUGGUGUCCUCCUAAAUGAGUUUUUUAAUUACGCACAAAUGAUGAUUAAUAAUAUCACAACACAAGCAAUGAGAAUAUAUUCCGCCCAUCAUGAAAACGUUUAUGCGUUUUCGAAAAUCUCCAGAACAGAUAUAGGAGGAAUGCCCGAUUAUGGUGCAACUUUCGCUCUGAAUUUACGCAAAGAAAAGUACACCGACAAUUUUAUUGUUGAGCCUGUGUUUUAUGUACCAAGCUUACAAGACAAUUAUCAAUUGAAAUCUUUAGUAGUGGAUGGAUGUGGGAACCCAUGUUACUAUAGCACUUUUGAGAAUCUUACGAAGAAAUAUGCUUGGCAUUACGACACUUGGAGAAGCAACUGCCAUUGA